CACAAGGAACACUUUCACAGACGCGUUCACACCGGGGAGAAGCCAUUCAUCUGCUCAGUGUGUGGGAAGGGAUUCACAAAUUCUUCCAACCUGCGGGCGCACCAGUGGGUCCACACGGGAGAGAAGCCGUUCACGUGCUUGGUGUGCAGGAAGGGGUUCACGCAUUCAUCUGCACUGCUGACCCACCAGCGGGUCCACACUGGGGAGAGGCCGUUCGGUUGCUCAGAGUGCGGGAAGGCUUUCCGUCGUGUGAGCAACUUGAGGAAGCAUGAGCGGCUCCACACGGGGGAGAGGCCGUUCACCUGCCCAGAGUGUGGGAAGGGAUUCAUUGAUUCUUCCAGCCUGCUGAACCACCAGCGGAUCCACACAGGGGAAAGACCAUUCACCUGCUCUGUGUGUGGGAAAGGAUUCAAUCAUUUGAGCAAUUUGCGGCAGCAUAAGCGGGUCCACACAGGGGAGAGGCCAUUCACCUGCCCCGAGUGUGGGAAGGGAUUUACCAAUUCUUCCAACCUGCUGACCCACCA